UCUCCAACUUCUCGCCCUCUUGUCUUCUGUUUUGCGCUCGUCAUGCUGCUGCAGCCGCACCCCGACGCCGCCUUCGACUCGCUGGACCAAUAUUGGUUCGGUUCGCCCGACCCGAAACUCGAAUCCCGGCCCGGCCCGGCCGAGCCGCUGUCGGCAGACGAGCACAGGCGGCUCCGCCGCAAGAUCUCCAACCGCGAGUCCGCCCGCCGCUGCCGCAUGCGCAAGCAGCGCCGCCUCGAGGAGCUCCGCUCCGAGUCCGCGCGGCUCAGCUCCCUGAACCAAGACCUCGCGCACCGGGUCGUCGUGGCGUCCCACCGGUGCCAGAUCUUCCGCAGCGAGAACCUCCGGCUCCGGGCCGAGUACGCCGCCCUCAACCGCAGGCUCUCCGAGCUCCGCCGCUUCAUCCUCCUGCUCCGCCAGCUCUCCCCGGCCUCUCACGGCGGUUUCCUCACUGGUUUGCCUUUCGAGGAAGCCUUGGCGUCAUUAACGACGUGAAUCGGAACUCCCAAAGGACCGCCCAGUCACCUACCGCUGCGCCAUGAUCGAUCGCGAUCAGGCCUCUGGUGUAAUUACGAGUCGCUUUUGACUUUCCUUUCUUAGAAAAAAAAUUAGGGUUCAACGCUUAAUCCCAUUAUCGAUCAAUAAACCACCCAGUGGAUUCAAAGGAACCAUCUCUCAGAAACAAACUGAUCUAUAAA